AUGUUGUCGUGGUUUACCAAGGACAAAACAAGUCAGUCGGAACGCAGACAGUUCUGGCAGAAACAACCCACCGGAAAGUGGUUUGAUACCAUUCUAAUCAUCAAUCUGGAAAACACAAACUAUGAGGAUGCCAUCAUCAACCUAGACUUUCUACAACAAGAUCAUGGUGCUGUAUUACUCACUAAUUUCCACGGUCUUACUCACCCAAGUCAAGGAAAUUACAUUGGUCAGAUAUAUGGCUCACUUGGUGGUGUGCUGACUGACGCUAACUACGAUGUCGACGGCGUGAAUCUCGUCGAUUUGCUGGAAGUGGCAGGAGUAUCAUGGAAAAGCUAUAAUGAAGGAUUUCCAGGGAGUGGAUUUCAGGGAGCACGAAAAGAUGCAUACGUCCGAAAACACAACCCCUUCAUCUCUAUGAACAACAUUCGGACCAAUACCGUUCGCGUCGCCAGAAUCGUGUCCGGAGAAGAAUUCCAAGACGAUUUGCUGUCAAAUAAACUGCCACAGUUUUGCUUUUACACGCCCGACAUGCUGAAUGACGGCCAUGACACCUCUAUCGAGUAUGCGGCAAAUUGGGUCUCUAAAUUCUUGCCUCCCAUCUUGUCAGCCCUUCAGCAACAAGCGGCACUUAUUGUGUUGACAUUUGACGAAUCUGCCAAUUGGUUUGGAAGGAACAAAGUGGCUACUUAUCUGAUGGGAAGCAGUGUAGUUCAACAAGCCAGCGAUCCCAGUCGAUACAAUCAUUAUUCGAUCUUGAAAACGGUUGAAGAGAACUGGUCGCUGGGAUCCCUGAAUAGACAUGACGUUACGGCCAAGAGCUUUGAAUCAUCACUGACACGACCAAGCAAAUUUUGGUUUCAUUAA